UCUCAGUGACGGGUGCGAGCUCUACGUGAGAAGUUUAAGCUUUACGCAAGUGUGAUUGUUCACGCAGCGCCACUGACGCUGUCGUGUUUUGCGACAUUUUAUUGAUAAAUUUGAGUUUAAAAAAGGGAUAAAACAAAUCAUCGAACAAUUUUUAGUGUUGAAACCGGCGUAAUUUUGAUUGAGUUAUUGGAAUUACUGUCAAUAAAGGUGGAUAAAAGAGCUGUAUUUGUAUUUUGUUGACGAAAAAUACGUCGGUGUUGGAAGGAGUCUAAUGGUCGAUCAAAAAAGCGAGGGAAUUUAAAACACACAAGCAAUACAACUGAGAUCAACAGCACGUCCGCGCACUACGCAACGGUGACCCUGACAUUAGUGUUUACGACUCGCGCCAGUCAAGCUGCUGCUCCUUGUGCCGGUACGGCAAGUGUUGUAAGUACGUGUGUUUUAAAGUCUACAGACAGAGCUUUGUUUAGUUUAGUGAAUAAAAUUGUCAUUUUUAUUUGAUAGUAAUAUUUAAUAUUGAUUAUAAAAAAAAGCAGACAUAUCAGGUGCGUUGAGGAGAAUUAUAAGACAAAGUGCGACGUAGUGUUGGAGUAAAAAAGUAGAAUAAAAUAGCAUCUCGAUUUCUUCAAGAUAAUUGAAUCAUUGAAUGGGAAAAAAACGACAACUUGCUUUACAGGUGCAUACAAAUAGAGUGACGAUCGAGAAUGAAAAUCAACUGACAUCGAGAGAAAAAAACAACGUGGCUAAGAAAUAUAAACAGUACUUUUUGUGUGAUCAACAGUCAUCUGAAAGCAGCAGAUCAUUGAAUAAGUCAAAAAAAUAUACUGUAUUGAGUUUUAGUGUGUCACCGGGUAUAAGAAGGUCGAGGUUAUGGCGCCGAGACGCCACGCCGGCAACAGUCAUGGUCUUCUCGAGGUUGGAGUGAAUCAAGACGUCAUGGAAAACAUGGUAAAUCAUCAAACAAUGAACGGAACAACUCGCUGCUGUACUCCAUCUGGAGAAUGCCUUCGUGGUGAUGCACUUAUUAGAUUUAAUGCUCUUCAAGACACUGUUAAAGUCAUUUGUAACAACGAAAAUUGUCCAAUGGGACAAUUCAUGCAUCGUGAAUGCUUUGAAGCAUGGGAACAGACUUUGCUAACUUACUUGAAGAAUUGCGGAAGAGCACGUAGCUGGUCUGAGAGACAACGUCAUCAAAAUCUGUGGACAAAAAAAGGUUACGACUUGGCAUUCAAGGCCUGUGGAUGUCGAUGUGGUCGUGGACAUUUGAAAAAAGAUUUAGAUUGGAUGCCACCAGGUUUUGGUAAUGCUCCAGGCAGUCGUGUAGAUGAAACUGAAACAAAGAAAAAGAAACGACGCAACCGCCAAAACUCACGGCCAAGCCUCGCUGGAUCAGCAGGCCCGCCAAAUCAUGGUAACCAUAGCAAUGGCCGUGGCAGUGAAGCCCGAAUGAUAGAUUCGAGCAGAGGACGAGCCGGCUCCCUGUCAUCGAGCACCGGUUCUAGCUCUCCACCAGCAACUAGCGAGCCAAGCAUCAGCCCACUUCAUCAGCCUCAGGCAAUAGUCAAAAAGAAGAGUAAGGUAGACUUUUUUGGAGAUCACAGGAUUCGGCAAAGCUGUGGUGCUAAUGGCAUCUUUUCUCGUCGUCUGGACUUCAGCGCUUUUAACAGCCUACCCAGGACCAAGCUCAACUCCUAUCAUAUCAAGAUGGAAGACGAGGGGAAUCAUGGCAAUGACGACACUAGAUGCUUCAUCCUGUCUACUCUCGCAGCUCUCCAGUGGUCACGUGUUUCUUGUGUCCUUUGCCGGGCGGCUAUGCUAGUCUUCGAUAGGUAUCCUCUUGUUGAUGGUACCUUCUUUUUGUCGCCACGGCAGCAUUCUCAUGCCUGUGCUGAGGUAAAAGUGGAAGGACGUACGCAGUAUCUAUCAGCAGUCUGCAUGAAUUGCUUGGAAGGAAGUGGAUCAGCUCCAAUACGCUGUCGUGCUUGUACUGUUCAAUGGGAUGGAUCUAGCUUGGUUCUUGGUACAAUGUAUAGCUAUGAUAUUUUUGCUGCAAUGCCUUGUUGCACCGAACGUCUGAAGUGUAACAGCUGCCAAAAACCAUUAAUUUAUCCACAUCAGAGAUUGAAUUUCUACUCCGACUACAGUCGUGUAUUCGCAUGUCCUCACUGCCGUGUGGUAGAUGCUCAUUUCGUGAAACCUCUAUCAACUUGUUUCACCCGCGAACAGUUUCAGCUCUACAGCCAGUGGCCCUAACCACUAGGAAAACUAGCUGGAUGUCCGUGCAACACUUUAGCCAAGGACAAAGAAAUUAGUUUUCUUGAAUUAGCGGAAAUACUUGCACCGGGCAUAUUAUCUAUGGAUUUAAAUAAUAAAUUAAUAAGUUGCAGUCAGUCUGACCGAUCACGAUACAUUGAUCGACUUUAAUUGCUGAAUGACAAAGGUCAGAAGAUUAUAACUAUCAUCUGUAUUACCCUAGACAUCAUGAGUGAUCAUCAUCAUUAUCCUCAUCAGACUUGCUACUGAUUGAGAUUAAAUCAUCUGGAUUUAUUGUAGACCUCUUCCAGCAUAUCAACAAGAGACGGAGUGGAUGUUGGAAGUGGAUAAAUAGUGCACAUUCAUUGUAUUGAUUUUGCUAUAACUUUUACGAUCUCUCUUCAUACUCCAAUGAUGCAGGAAAUUUUUCAUUCAAGUGCUCACACAGAAUGAUGAUUGCUCGGGUGAUACACGUCAAUAUAACGUAAUUAAUUAUUUCAUCUUUGGUGUCAUUAAUUUUUUGCGUAUAAAAUGACGGCCUGCGUUACUAAUUUAAUCAGGCAGUCUGAUCGCAACAUACAACACGCCCGUCUCAUGUAUUAGUCGAAUUAUUAUUAUUAAUCAAUUAAUUAAUUAAUUAUUAUUAUUAUUAAUUAUUAUUAUUACUUAUUACUGAUUAAUUAUUAUUAAUACUGGUAUAUCUAAAUAGUUAGUAAGUAAAAAAAAAGCAUCAACAUAAUUUACAUGUACGACGAAAAAACCACUUUUGUUAGGGGGAAAGAAAUACUAUUGUUUGUUACUUAGAUAAUCGAUAACGUUGUUUUCUUUUUAACAUUUUAUUAGUUUAUAUAUAUGUGGUGAAUAACGUGUCUAGGCGGCCAUGUUGUUUUGUUUGAGGUGUGACAAAGUUAUACGUUUUUUAACAAAUCGUCGCGAAGAUUUAUAUUAACUCCGCGUAUUCAUUUUAGCGAAAACUAAAAAUUCUCCGGGAUUUUUUAACAGAGAGAUAUACAUUAAGUAUGAAAGAUAGAAAAUAAUAAUGAAAACAUACAGUCUUUACUUACACAUAUAAAUGAAAAGAGAUGAAUUCACCUCCAACUUUUUCAUUUUCAUCAUUCUUUCACUGGUGUAUUUUAAUAUAAAACCUAUUCUUCUCUCUGUCAAGGACAAAAUUGAUAAAUUUUAACCGAACUGCGUGGUCAGAAAAUGAACAUAAACGUAAAGAUAAAAAGCAAAACACGUGGAUUUUAAAUAUGAAAAAUUAUGAAAUGAUAAUAAAGAAUAAUAACAUAAUAAAAUAAACGGAGAGUAUAACUCGAAUUCUUCGAGGACAUCAUACCCAUCUUUUUUCUUUUUCUGGCGAUGCUGGUCGUUGCUGCAUACCCAUAGCGGCCGUCCCCGAGAAUAAAAUAAUAUCCUCUCCCAAAUUUUUUCACUCGGUUCCAAGGUAGUGUAAUUAACCGCGUGUACCUCAACAUUCUACCAUAUAAUAAUCAUCCACGCUGAGAGAUAGAAAUAAAAUAAAUGCUUGGAAAAUAUAUAUGAAUUCUAGUUGAGUAAAA